CUGGGUUGAGACGGGCCGAGGCAGUGGCGUGUCUGUUUACAUGCUGCCCGCCGAGCCCGGACCUUGCCGCCUUAAUUACCAGAGCCUUGACCACCUGACUGACCAGCAGGCCACUUGACCCCUCCAGUCGUCCACAAACGGCAGCCCUCCUAUGUGAGUCCCAGGGUAUCCAAGGGUCCUAGAGUGUCCUGAACAGCACCAGAUGGGCCAAAGGGUUUAACACAAGGACUGGGAGGAAGGAGGACGAAUGGAGGACGGAGGGACGAACCACGGCUUCAUGAAUAACGUGAGCAUAAACUCCCUCGAUCAGAUGGGAACGAGGGCCACCGCCAGUUUUGAUUAUGGUCAUGGGUACAACACCCCCUUGCCCCCCCCUCCCAUACCAGGGAUGGGGAUGUUGAUGCCAGGCCAGCCCCCGCCACCCCACCCCCCAUUUCCUGGCCCGGGGAUGAUGUGUGGGCCACCUGUUCAUGACGGCUCCUGCCAACAGCCGCCCCCUCACCUCCCCCAUCUCCCACCUCCCCCAGGGGCUCAUCACCUCCCACCACCCCCCAUGCACACCUUCCCACACCCUCCCCCACAAAUGAUGCAACACCCCCCACCACACAUGCAACCCAUGCCACCACCUUGCCCCCCACAGUUUGCCAUGCCACCUCCCAGGGACCCCCACCCACGGCUGCCCCCGCCACUACCUCCCCCACCUGCCACACAACUUGGCUUCCACCCCCCAUUACCUCCUGGGCCCAUCCCCUCCUCCCCCUCCCCCCAAACCCUGCAGCAGCCCCCUCCCAGUCUCCCCUCACAAACGCCUCCCCCACCUCCUCUCCCGUGCACCCCUCCCCCUCUCCCCCCCCCCGCUGGGUUCCAGGUUCGUCCACCACUUCCGCCUCUUCCUCCGCCACCCUCCCCUAAAACAGAUCUGUCCAAGCCGCCGCUGCCACCACCGCCCAAGGAUCCGCCACCCCUCCCGGAGUCUCGGAGAAAGCCUGUCAUCGUUCCCAUUCCUAAAAUGGUGGAGGUGACAACAGCGGCGGCCCCCACCACACUACACAGCACCACCACCACCACCGCACCCACCACCACCACACCCAUCACCAUCAUCACCCCCACCACCCUCAUCACCACCGCCACUAAUGACGAGAAUGCCAAGACCAAGCCGCCAGCUGCCACCAUGACCACGGAAAAGAGCAGUGGUGACCCUAAACCUAUUCUGAGUAUCGUCACGUCCCGUUUCAAAGCCUUCACCACCGCCACCACUGCCACCAUCAACACCAUCACCGCCACCACCACCAGUAAAGGCAAUAAAAUACCCGGUUCCAGCGCUGAGUUCUCCAUUGACCUCACAGCAUUGUCGCCUGACAUCAACACCAUCACCACCACCACUACCAACACUAACACAGCCAUCACCAGCACCACCACCAUGACCACCACCAACGCCAUCAAUAACAACAAAAAGAAAUCAUCACCUCCACCUAACCGAAAGAAAGAAAUCAUUGAGCCACCUGAUGACGCGCCUUCCCCGAUCGAUGAUGCGUAUGACCCUGAGGAUGCGAUGUUCUCUCCAGACAUUGGUGACGCGCCUUCCCCAAGUGAUGACAGCAUGGAUGACUCCCUCAUCGAAAAGUAUGUCCGCCGGCUGGAAAACUCGCACUUCAAUCGAAAGUCCUCAGCCAUCACCUCAUCCGCUGCCAACAGAAAGGCAUCCAGACAGCAGCGCCACCAUCACCAGCAUCGUGAGAAAAAGAAGAAAGUAGUGCUACCAGAGCCAGUGCCAUUGUCUGCAGGGGCGCCGACUGGCAAGCCUGAGAAAACGUCACCGGCGGUUGUGGUUGGAAGCUCACCUGCCCGGCCCAACCUAGAUGCUAGACUAAAGAUUAUGUUUGGGAGCAAGGAAGAGAGGAGGCUAGCGAACGAGGAGAAAGAGAGAGAAAGGGAAAACAAGAUUAUAAUGUUCAGAAACAAGGAGAAGAGGCCAGUGAAUGAGGAGGAGCAAGAGAGGGAGAAUAAGAUAAUAAUGUUCAGAAACAAGGAGAAGAGGCUGGCAGUUGAGGAGGAGCAAGAGAGGGAGAAGGAAAGGGAAAAGGAAAGAGAAAGGAUCAAGAAAACCAAACGGUCGCUAAAAUAUCAGCAACCAAGACCGCCCACUCCACCUAACUCCAAGCAGCCCCCACCACCCCCAGCAGCACCAGCACCACCACCUCCACCACCACCAGCGCCAGAACCAGCACCACCACCACCCCCAGCACCCACCACCCCCACCGGCUCUACAAUCACCUCCACCAGCACUGCAGUCAUGUCCCCUGAUGACGACCCGGAGCGACCCCUCUCCCCCACCCCCUCGCCCUUCCUCUCCCGACACCUCUACCUCUACUGGCACCGCGAGACACUGAAGGCGAGACGGAAAAGUGCCGAGGCCAAGGCCAAGGUUAAGGCUAAUGCAGUGCCGCAGCCUUUGCCCAAGCCUCAAGUGAACGGCCAGGCUCUCCCACCGUCCCCCCUCAAGGGUUCCCUCCCACCACUGCCGAAGAACCUCCCCACCGUCCCCCCGCCAAACUACAAGGCGCCGCUCCCCCCCAGCCCCAUGAAGGCGGUCCGGGACUCCACACUCAAGGCAGAGAUCUUGCGGAACAUGACCAGGAUGCACCCGUAUAGGAGUGAGGGACGAGGGCACGGCGUCCGACCAAAUGCCGAUGCGGAGCUUGAGAUCAGCAGCGAGGCGAUGGAAGAGGAGCAGCAGGAGCGGUCGGUGGGAGGCGGGGUGGAAGGCGAGACAGUGAGACUUGUGCUUGAUAAGAUCCUGGAGGAGUUGAAGGACGCUUUGCGGCAACACCUCACUCAAGACUUGGUGUCCGUGUGCCUGGGCAAUAGCCAAGGUAAGGAGUCCUAAUGCCGUGCUGCCCCUAACAUACAGUACAAAAAAACAAUAAAAGGACAAAACAAAACAUUUCUUUCAACGGAAGGAAAGGAAAGGAAGGAAGAGUGCUUAUUUAACCCAGUGAAGUGAAGUCUUUUACUUAAUGUUCGUGGUGUGGCUGAUACGAGUUGUUAAGGAUUUUCCGUCCCCUUUCCCCGACGUUUUUCCUUAUCAUGUAUUCUUGGUUUCUUUUUUCUAGCAAUUUUCCUCUCUCAUUUUACAUUUCACUAUCUCUUAGUCUCCUAUUCGGUUAUCCGCGUGCUCUUCCUUUCUCUUGUCUUGCCUUUCUUUCUUAUCUUUUCUUAUCUUUACACACAGCUAUAGUGUAUCUUUACUUGUGUGUUGUAUUCCUUCCUUUCCUCUUCCCAUUUUUCUUUUCCUUUUUUCUAUUCAGUCCCUUCUUUCAUCUCUCCUUUUCCUCCAUCUCCUAGUCUCUUAUACUGUCCAUGUGUAUUCUCUCUCUUCCUUUCUACCUUCUCUCUUCAUUUUCAUCGCCUCCUGCUGCCUCUUCACCACUUCUUUUUCCCCCUGCCUGCCUUAAUUUGUCUUUUUCCUCCCAAGAUUACAGUGUUUUUUUGCACACUCAGCCAUCGCCAAUUUUGUUGGUCAUGUUUGCUUAUUUAAAGGGUCGGGAUUGUGGUUCUGUCGGUCUGUCCAUCUUCAUAUAUCAUUAUUAUUAUUAUUAUUAUUAUUAUUAUUAUUAUUAUUAUUAUUAUUAUUAUUAUUAUUAUUAUUAUUAUUAUUAUUUUUAUAUUAUUGGUAUUAUUAUUGUGGUUGAUUUUUUCUUUUUUGAGUAGUGUUUUUUGUCACCAAAAUACAUUGUUCCAGGUUGUCUGAGAGCUCACUAAGGUCUAUUUUCUUGAUCAUCUUGUCUGCAGAAAUAUUUCAGUGUUUGUGUGUAUCUCAGCCUCUCUCCUCAGCAGUGUAGGUGUGUAGCUGUGAUUUGGCCCUGCCAAGUGAAAGAAUAUACUGGUGUUUAUGCUUGAGUGUGUAUGUGUGCGUGUGUUUCUACUUUUCUCCUCUAUUCAGUCAACUCAAUUUUUUGACAGACCUUUAUUAAUCUGAUUAUACAAAAGGGUUUCUCAGUACCUUCGUUAAGAAACUGAAAUUAAAGAGUGUUGCCUGCUUUGUGAAUAGAUUGGUCUAUGUAGCAUGUGUACCUCAGGAUGACACAUCAACACAUCACUGUUUCUCUUUUUCUACAGCUCUAUUUUUUUUGUGCCUAAUCAGUUGAAUUGGUUUUAUGUAAGCUUUGAUGCAUCAUGCUAAUACUUGUGUACUUACUCUUAAGAAAUUACCAUAACUUAUUUUAAGCUCAGGAAUAAGUAACCACAUUUAGUUUUCUCCAAGAUGAAGCAAGGGAUCAGCUGUCUCAGCCCAGGAAUCAUGUGCAAAGUGUAACUCCAUCCAUGAACUUAAAUAGACAGAUGGGGACGAGGUAUCCAGUUUUUACACAAGAGGUGAAUUAAUUAGAGCAUGUUUGUAACGAAGAAAACAUUAAUUCAUUGUAGCUGUAUGAAGUAACUGGUGUAAGCAGGUUUUCUGCCUUGCAUGUGAAAUAGUGUUACCAGGAAUUCAUAAUCUGUGUUAGGGAAUAUGUAUGAAAACUACACAAGUCCACAGGAAAUUAAGGUUUGACCCAUGCCACUGGGAGGUCUUGAGACAUCCUGUAGGGACUGCUUUAAUACACUAAGAGAUGGCUGUCUAGUGAGUGGCCAUCAUGAGGACGUGUUGGGGUGUUGUGUGAUGGAUGAUGCCUCGCCGCACACCCCUUACAGCAAAAGAACAGGAAUAGUUACAGUAUAGCCAUUCACAUGUCCACUGCUGCUCCUGUCCUUGUCAUGCAGCUUAGUGGUUUGGCCUCUGGGUUUGUGGAUGGGAGUGAAUCCAUUACUGCAAGACACCAGGCUGACUGUCACACCUAGAGUAAUCCAUAGCUUACUUUAUCAAGGUACUAGUUUAUUGAACCACUUGCAACCUUCUAACCAAGACUCAUAGCACCACAAUUUGCCUUCUCCAGGUUUCUCCAGCCACAAGUUUACUAACCAACUUGUAAUACUAGAGUUCACAGAAUGGCACACUAACCCGGACAGCACAGAGGCACAUAAAAUCUAAUGAGUGGGGUAAAGGAAAGAUUGCUGUUGCUUUCAUUAUAUUGAAAGUAUUUUUAGGGAGGUCACAUUCAAGCCAAAAUAGAUUUAUGGAGUUUUUUUUUCAGUUAGUAAUUGUAAUACAAUUGGAUGAACUUGUUCCACCAACAGUUUUACAAAUUAAGUUUGUCAAUCACUUUUUCCCAUGUUUUAUAGAUAAUGUAUAAGCAAACAAGUGUCUCAAUGUUUGUAUUUAGUACUAUUUGGCAUUAUUCAUAUUGUUUUUUCCCCAAAAUUUAUGAUCUGGAAAUCCAUCCCAUGGCUUUGUCAUCAGUUUGCAUAUUCAGGAUAGCCUGUAGGAGACAAACUUUCAUUCCGGGAUGCCAGAAACCUCAACGCACGGAACCUGAGGGAAACUGCAUUAACAUCACUUGGUGGUAUUCAUUACGGGACAUGGAACCUGCCACACAAACCAAACAUGAGAAAAGGGAGCCAUUCACCAGCCAAAACACUAUGGAGAAGGAGACACUUGCCGGCCACCUCUGAGCCUUUGUAGCUGAUGUUAAGUUACUCCUGUAAUGUGUCACCACCUGCCCGGCCCCAGGCCUCCCCAGAGCUAUGUUCCCUCUCCCAUGUAAGUAGAUGCCUCUUUUUCUCUCUGCCUCCAGCUUAGGUGAUGGUGUCUUGAUAGUGGCUAGGUAGUACUGGUUGAUGGAUGCCCUAAGAGUAAAUUUUUUGGCAUUAGCUUGAGUAAGGACAUAGCAAAGCCCAAUGCUAAUUUAUAUGGAUUUAUAAAUUUUAUAUAUACACUAAAUACAUUGUGUGAUUUUGCCCUUAUUAACAUUUUUUCAAUAUUCUUUGUAUGUUUUAGAAGGGGAGUUUGCUAUUAUUAUUAUUAUUAUUGUGUAAAGUGACUGAUGAUUUUAAAUGUAAAACUCGUGUCAUCCUUUAAAGUGAGAUUAACAAAGUUUGCACCAACUGGAGUACACUUGAUUGUAAACUGAACUCAUGACUUUCAGUGAUGGAGGUGAUGCACAGAAAUUGCUUUGGCUCAGAUGGUAUUUUAGUAAGGUGUCUUGUCUUCUAUGUCUCUCCCAGCCUGUUGCUCCUGUGUGCCUGGACAGCCAGACAUCUUCAUUAAUAGUUUUUUCAGGGUAACGUCUGCCUCGUGUGUAUGAACCUAUCACUGAUGGAAGUGUUGCACUGAGCCUCAAGUGGCUGUAAUGUGUGGCGUGCUGUCCACAGUGUGCUUAUGAGUAGGAACAUUGUAAAUAAUCGUUUAGUUAUUGUUUCCGUAUUACUGAGAGGAGGAUGGGAUGGAGGCAGGCAGGAGCGUGCAUGAUCCAUUUUCUCUCAUUGCUCAGACAACUCUGUAGUAUUAAAUGCAGCAUCCAGCGUGUCACCAAAUGGUGCAUCAGGGUGUGCAUUAUAUUCUGUGUGUGAAAUGUUGUUCAUGUGAUGAAGUAAUGAAUGAUGAAUUAGGUAAUGUUGACGCAUGGGUCACUCCACACUGAUGGUCACCUGACCCUCACAACACCUGAGGCUGAUGGUUGUCAUGGCUCUUGUGUGGGCUUGUGGUGGGGCUGCCCUGCUGUGGGUGGCCCUGCAUCCCCACACUGUCACCCCCAACCGACAGCACCAAGCUUCCUGGCAGCAGGUGAGGCUGUGAUGGCUGCGGCAGAGGGGAGCAUGGCAGGAAGGGUCAGACAAACAGACACUCGGGUAAGGACCAUCUUGUUGUCUGACACCAUUAGUGGUUGUUCAUCAUUGUCUUCUUACCUUGUUUACCAUUUCCCUGACCAUUAUCACUAUGGGAAAUGGGGAAACUGAUGAUGUUUGCUGUGCAAAACAAGAAGCUUGCUAUUACUGUUAUUAUUGGUUGAAUAUAUAUAUUUUUUGUCAAAUGAUAUCAAUCAAGAAAGUCUAUUGAUUUGUCCCACCACCCAAGUUAUAUAUAUGUUUGUUGUGCUGUAUCCAUGACUCGCUGUGGGCACCUAGCAUUCAUUGAUUGCUCUUAGUAUACUUUGGUGCAAAGUAUUUUGGAGAGACAUCUUUUGUAAUUUUUAGUUAUGAUUACAUGCCUAUUGGAAUAGUAUUUUUGUCAUUAUAUGAGAUACCAAGAAUUCCAUAUUGAUGGGAAACUAUAUUCAUAUUGCUUUGUACAAUUUCUCUGUAGAUUACUGGACCGGUCAGUUAUUAAGCUUUGACGUAAGAACUUUGUACAUACGAGAGUCGGCAGAAACUGCCGAGCUGUGGAGUAUGUAGAGUUAAGGUGUUAGAGAUCCUGGCAAGAUGCAGUUCAUACACCAAAACUUCAAUUACUGGAAGGAGCUUGUACGCCAGACUCCCGAUGGCUUAGCGGAGGUCACUCGUCAAAAUUGGCUGCCUUACUCCAUUGUCAACACUGGUAUGUAAGUCUGCUCAAGAUUUAACUUACAUUUUGUGGCUAAGGAUCACCAGGAUAGGGAGGAGCCAGAGGCUUAGUACACUCUUUCAUAAUUGGGGUGUUGGUGUAUAGGUCUUCCCCUGUAGAGAUAUGUUGUAUAUUUAGUGUGCCUAUUAUAAACAAUACAUGUUAGAAUAAU